CCAAAUCUGGAAUUUCCAGAUCUGCCUCCCAAGACGCGACACCAUCAUGCUUUUACUACCCAAUUGUCCUGAAUUCGUCUUCGCUUUCCUCGGCGCAUCCUAUCUCGGCGCAAUCAUAACCAUGGCAAACCCAUUCUUCACACCCGCCGAGACAAUCAAACAAGCAAAAGCUUCAAAUUCUAAGCUCAUCAUUACCCAAUCGAGUUACACAAGUAAAGUACUCGAUUACUCAAGCGAAAACAACGUGAAGAUCAUCUGCAUCGAUUCUCCUCCAGAUGGGUGUUUACAUUUCUCCGAAUUGACUCAAUCCAACGAAACCCAAUUGCCAGAAGUGGCAAUCGAUUCAAACGAAGUCGUUGCCUUGCCAUAUUCAUCAGGAACAACGGGUCUACCAAAAGAUGUGAUGUUGAGCCACAAAGGGCUCGUGACGAGCGUGGCACAGCAAGUCGAUGGAGAGAAUCCAAACCUGUAUA